AUGGUUCUGCAGCAAGCCAAGGAUAGCACUGAAAAGAACUCUGAGCUCCUAGACGCGGCAGUCGUCAGGCUCAAGAAAAAACUUGAUUGCGAAUCUUUUCCUGAGGGCCUGCCUGCGGCCGCGGCCGAUUUCGAACUGAAGCUAACACAGCAUCUUGAGAGGACGAAUUUCUAUGGAUCUCAUGAGUUGGGAGGUAGGAAUGAGUUUUUCAUGUACGCCGUCGAGCCCUCUGCCGUCCUGGGCGGGCCUCUUCCCGCAAAGAUGGCGGAGACUCCAUCCACCACGUCCGUUCAUGCCGACAUUUCUCCCUCACACUCAGAGGCAUAUCUCUUCACGAAGGCCAAAGAUACCAUACCAGCCGAGGUGUCAGGUUCAUCAAACGAUUGCCUCAUUUGUGAAACUGGGCCUGGUGGUUCCAUUUGCCCCUGGGUUUGCAGCAAACCCUACAGGAGCUGGCCACUCAUUGAACUUGUCCGGCAGUACGAGAUACUCGGGGUCCGAUAUCAAUACGAGCAACUGUGCCAAUCCUUGAUGGAGAGCAUAGGACAGGAUGUGUCAGGCAUGAGAAAGUGCGGCGCUGCGGAACGGAGCGGACGAUUCGCCCCUCGGGAGUCUUUCAACCGCUGGCUCAUGGAGCGGCGCUCCGUAAUGGCAGCACACGUCGAUCCUCUUAUUCCGUCACCCACAGUACGUUCUUUGUCCGCACGUGAAGACAACGUGGUCCAAGAAAGUCCAUCCGCCUCGAUUGCUCGAGAGAUCUUGGACGACUUGCCCAUGAAAAUUCACAUCGGGGAAACAAGCGCGGAGACAAGAGGAAACAUCCUGCGGUUCAGCCGACUGCUUGUCUCGGAAAUCCGCGCGAACCCAAAAACUGCUGCAGCACUUUCUCCUGCUGACGUCGAACCGAUUAUGCAAUGGAUUCGAGAGCUGCAGGAUGGGGAAGAAACUCCGUGCAUUCCUAGUGCCAACAUCGGACUUAAUGCGAGACCCCAAAGUUCUGAAGAUUCCGUCCAGGACUCCCUUCCACAGCCCACCAAGGGGAAAAACCACACCAAUGAAGAUUCACCGCAGACAGUUGACGAGAAGGUGGUAGAUGUUAACCCCUUUCAGGGCUCCACAAAAGAAGAUGUGUAUAACACCGUUCGGCUAGCCAGGCCGGUCGUGGAGCGUUUGUAUGCUGAGAAGGUAUCUCGUGUUGUACGUCAACUCCAACAAAUUUCCCGGGAUGCUGCCAAUCGAGUAGAAAAGUUCUGCAAGUCUGGCACCUCUUCCAAAGAGACUGGCGUGGUAAAUAGCCCGGAUGCCUCCGCGAGUCGAGAGACGUUCGCUCGCCAAUUCAAGCGACGGUGUGUCGUCCCGCGAGGCGGCGAAGUGCAGUUCGGGAGCGUCAAAUGGAUGAGUGGCAGAAACACCGAGUUUUUCGAGUUCACGGACGACCUGAAUGCUCGUUUUGAAGAUGCCUGUGCUGUCUCUGCCCCUGGACAGCAGAAUUUGUCGAGAAAGUAUGCUAUCAAAGGAUAUAAACUAGCGCAAUUGUGGAGGCGGUUUGCGCUGAAGUCUGGGACAAAGGGGAAAUCGGACUCAAAGAGUGAAGUACUCUGCAGAAAAAGCCUGGACGCCGGAUGCGUCUGCGAAGGGCAGGGUUGGCGAGGAGGCGACUGGACUUGCACGUGUGUGCGAGAUCUCAUUAAUAGGAUUCGAAGCGUGGAAUCAAUCGGGCCGCUCUUUGCGUCAGCUGUGUUUGCUCUUCUGUGUAGAUACCAUUGCAUCUGCGGAUGCCAGAAUCAAGGCAAGGGACUGCAGUGUGCGGUACCUCCUAAUGUUCUUGACGUCCUUCGCGAGGACCUAGAAGUCAACUGCGAGCUCUUUGCCUCUCCCUUCAACGUGUACCUCGACAAUUAUUGUUCGAUCUUCCCCGAUGUGGACGUGAUGUUUGGUAGCUGGGGAUCCUUCUUCGACCCUUCCUUCGAACUUGUGGAGGGCUCGUUUGAGGCAAAUCCUCCCUUCGACGAGGUUCUCAUGGCACGCAUGGUUGAGCGACUGCUGCUGUGGCUCAGAAAAAGUGAGGAAAGCCAGGAGGGAUCGCGGCCCCUGUCUUUCUGUUUGUCUUUACCGGACUGGUCGAACGGGCCGUCGGAUUUCAUGGACUUGCUGAAAAAGUCGAAAUACCUACGCUACGCAGACGUCAUCCCUGAAGGAAAACACUCGUAUCUGAAUGGAUUUCAGCAUUUCUGUCAUGCAUCUGACCUUCAGGUCCCGGCGGUGUGUGGUACAUUUUUCGCUGUGCUCCAAAAUGAUGCUGGGACAAAAGCGUGGCCUGUUACUGAUACCUUCAUAAAGCGUCUAAAGGAGGCUUGGAGUGCCUACGACGCAUAUGACAAUGCUGGCGUGUCACUCUAG